AUGGAUAACUCAAUUCAAUAUGCUCAGGUUAUGAGUAAUUUUGAUUCAGUUUAUAAUGCUGCACCUAAUCUUGUGCAUCAUUAUCCUAUUACCUAUAGGUCUACCUCUUCGUUAUAUUCAAAUCAAAAUCAAUCAAUAUCUCCAUCAUUAAAUUCAUCAAAUACAAAAUUUAAUUUUGAUUUAUAUAAACCAAACGAUUAUCUCUCUGAAUCUAUUGAUUAUUAUCCAUCACCUUCAUCGUCUGUGAUAGUUCAUCAUCAUCCUGUAUAUUCUCCGCCUCCUCCUCCUCCUCCUCCUUCACAAGCAAUAUCAAAAUUACGUCAAAUUAAUGAUGAAUUAUGCUAUACUCUGGCACAAUCUGAAUUCACUAAUCAUUCUCUGCCACCUCGACCACAACAUUACCAUGUUCAUCACUGUCCAGCUCCUCAUGAUACAUAUCGUUCUCAUGCUUCAAUGGAGCGAGAUUCAUCAACAGAAUCUGAACAAUCGGAACCUAAAAAACGAAAUGCUCGAAUAACAUACAAAGUUCAUAUUCCACGACGACAACGACAACGACAAAAUUCAAUGUCUAAAGUAGAUCAGCUUCUUAUGUCAACUUCAGAUGCAUAUUUACAAGAUGAUCCAAUGACAGUUGAUUUCUAUCCAACACAAGAUCAAGGUUUUGUUAGAAAAAUUCGAAAUCGUCCAGAUAAUCAAAGCCCAUGGCUUACGAAUACCUCACCUGUUCGACGAAAUUCUUAUUCAGAAGCUAGCACCUAUCGUACACCUCGAGCACCAGAUUAUGAUAAUAAACUAAUACAACCAAAAAGUCGAUUAUCUGAUUGCAAAGACCGUCCAAGAUCCACAUCUGUAAAGUCUCGUUUUCGUCCGGACAGUGCACCAAAUCCACUUCGUCAAUCGGCUAGUUCUUUUUUUAGUACAGUACCUACAUGGCGACCAAGCGGUGCAAUUAAACCAUCGAAAUUUAUGGGUUCUAAUGCUCCACCAACAGAAUCGAAACCAAAUCGUGAAGCUCCUUGGAAGCCUGCUGGUAUUACAAAUAAAAAGAAGCCAUUUCGUGCUUUUGAUCCAACUAGUAAAGCUGUAUCAAAAACACAGGAACCUAUUUGGCGUCCACCUUCUAAAAACCUUUCAAAAAAAAAUCUAAGAUAUUUUGAACCUGCUAUUAAACCUGAAUUGAUUGCACCAAUUACACAAGAAACUGAAUUAGUAGUACCAAAAAAAACAAGAAAAAAUCAACCGAGAAUGUCCAGCGCUAAUCCUGAAUUAAAAACACGUAUUAUAAAUGCUGAAAGUAAAGUAAAAUCUGCAUGGGACUCUACAGCAGCAACAACAACAACUAAAGAACCUAGACCACCUAUUCCACGUGCUGCUAAGCCAACAACGUUAACGACAGCUACAGUUCCAAAGACAAAAGUAAAAUCUAUUCCAUCUCAACCUAUUAGACCCGCUAAAAAAGUUAUUUCGAACGCUCCGACAUCUACUGAUACUGGUCGAAGUUCAUUGAAUGAAGUUCCUAAAAAACCAUUAUUUCAAUCAACACCAAGAAAUCAAAGUAUUGUUCAGGAAAAUGAUAAUAGUAUUGUUGAUCUAUUCGAUAAUGAAUCACAAAUAUCAGAACCUACAGAGAGACAAGGUAUACUUCAUCCACAACCUCAAAUAGAAAAAACACCACCUAAACUUUCUAAUACAACAGUACCAGAACCAGAUAAAGAAACAAAAUCAACAAUCAAAGAUGAUGUAUUAAUACAUGGAGAUGAUGCAGAUAAUCUUCGUGAUACUCGAACACCUUCACCAACGUCUGAGAUCAACAAUAAAGAUGAAGAAGAAGAAGAAGAAGUGUUCGAUGAUCCUAGUUUGCAACCAACACCUAUUCUUCCUAAGCGAAAAGAAUCUUCUCCUAAACCGGAUAAUAGAGAUGAUGACGAUGCUGUUAUACAAAAUGAAAAUGAUACCGAUGAUGAUGCUGAACCAAGUUUGUCACAAGCUGCAGUUAGUUCAAAGGAAAAUAAGCAACAAAUAUCAAGUACUCCUCCACCAGUUACAACAAAUAAUGAAGCUGAUGAUUUUUUUGAUUAA